CCCUUUGCCUUCUCACCUCUCUCUCUCUCUCUCUCUCCCAACGGCUUUGCCUUUGCCCAUCCUUCUGUACCUGAACAGAGGAGCGCUCGAGCUUUCGGUCAUCGACGAUGCAUGGCGGAGGCGGGAGGAGGAGCAGAGGAAGACGAGGAUCGUCCUCGUCGGAGGAGGAAGAUGAAGCCCGAGGGAACGGCGAGUACGAGGUGGCGCUGAGACCGGACUCCCCCAGGCGGUCGUGGAGGUCGUGGUUUGGGGACAUGUUGAGGAACGAGUGUUCUUGGAGAGGCGCGCUCGCGAGGUUGGACUCCUCUCAUUCUUCUUCUCCACCGCUAGGGUUUGUCAUUCAUCCCGACAACUGGUGGUACGUGCUAUGGACGCACUUCAUCCUGAUAUGGGCGGUGUACUCCUCCUUCUUCACCCCUCUCGAGUUCGGAUUCUUCAGGGGAUUGCCGGAGAACCUCUUCCUCCUCGACAUCGCCGGACAGUUCGCUUUCCUCGUCGACAUCGUGAUCCGCUUCUUCGUCGCCUACAAGGACUCCCAUUCCCACAACAUGGUCUACGAUCGUUCCCAGAUCGCCCUGAGGUACUUGAAGUCUCGAUUUAGCGUUGAUCUCCUGGGUUGUCUCCCCUGGGAUGCUAUUUAUAAGGCUUGUGGGAAGAAGGAGCCGGUCAGGUACAUGUUGUGGAUUAGGCUAAGUCGGGCGCUCAGGGUGACGGAGUUUUUCGAGAAGUUGGAGAAGGACAUUCGGAUCAAUUAUCUCUUCACCAGGAUAGUGAAACUUCUCGUCGUCGAGCUCUACUGCACGCACACGGCGGCUUGCAUCUUUUACUAUCUUGCCACCACCUUGCCUCCUUCCAUGGAAGGAUACACCUGGAUCGGGAGCUUGAAGAUGGGUGACUAUAGCUAUUCGCACUUCAGAGAAAUCGAUAUUUGGAAGCGCUACGUCACAUCUCUCUAUUUCGCAAUUGUCACGAUGGCGACUGUCGGCUAUGGAGAGAUACAUGCAGUAAAUGUCAGGGAGAUGAUAUUCAUAAUGGUUUAUGUGUCUUUCGACAUGAUCCUCGGUGCUUACUUGCUUGGUAACAUGACGGCAUUGAUAGUGAAAGGAUCGAAGACGGAGAGGUUUAGGGAUAAAAUGACCGAACUUAUCAGAUACAUGAAUAAGAAUAAGCUCGGAAAGCAAAUUAGUAACGACGUCAAAAACCAUCUGCGACUCCAGUAUUGUCACACGUACACUGAGGCUACUGUUCUUCAGGAUAUUCCAAACUCUAUCCGCACGAAGAUCCAGCAAAAGUUGUAUGAGCGAGACAUUACUAAAGUCCCUCUUUUCAAGGGCUGUUCUCCAGGAUUCAUCAAGCAGAUAGCAGUGAGAGUGCACGAGGAAUAUUUCCUCCCGGGAGAAGUGAUCAUAGAACAGGAAACUGCGGUUGACCAGCUAUUCAUCCUCUGCCAUGGUUAUCUGGAAGGAGUUGGAAAAGAAGACGAUAAAGAGGAAAAGUUCCCUCUGAACUUGCCAAGUUAUGGCACGCUAGGAGAAAUCCCCCUACUCUGUAACACCACUUUGCCUUAUGCUGUUCAGGCAGGUGAACUAUGCAAGCUCUUACGCCUCAGCAAACAAUCCUUUACCGAGAUCCUCGAGAUAUAUUUUUCUGAUGGACGCAUCAUCUUGAACAACCUUGUUGAGGGAAAAGACUCGAACGUCUGCAAGAAGCUGUUGGAAUCGGAUAUCACACUUUAUAUCAUGAAGCACGAGUCGGAGCUGGCGACGAGGCUGAACUGUGCAGCCUAUGAUGGAGAUCUACAUCGCCUGAAGCAUCUGGUAGCUGCUGGAGCGAAUCCUAGCUUGACGGAUUACAGUGGGAAGUCGCCUUUGCAUCUUGCUGCUUCAAGGGGACAAGAAGAAAUCGUUUCUUUCCUCAUCGAACAGCACGUAUGCAUUGACAGUUCAGAUGAAUCUGGAAACACCGCGCUGUUGGAAGCUAUCAAGCACGGCCACGAUCAGGUUGUUUCUUUACUUGUCAAGGCAGGCGCUUCACUGAUAAUAGAUGAUGCUGGUGGUUUCCUCUGUACCACCAUCGCAAGAAGGGACAUAGAUCUCCUGAAGAGGACUUUGGCUAAUGGAAUCAACCCGAACGCGAAAAAUUACGACUCCCGAACGCCGCUUCAUGUAGCUGCUUCUGAAGGGUUGUACUUGGCUGCGCAUUUGCUUCUAGAAGCAGGAGCAAGCGUUUUACCCAAAGACAGAUGGGGAAGUACUCCACUCGAUGAAGGCCGUUUAAGCGGAAACAAGACUCUCAUCAAGCUGCUCGAAGAUGCGCGGGCUAUUCAAAUCUCCGAGUUUGCAGAUUCAUGCCAUCUCCAAGCAGAUAGGAUGCAGAAAACAAAAUGCACCGUGUUUCCUUCCUGCCCGUGGGACGAGAGAGGAAUGCAAGGGAUCGUGUUAUGGGUUCCUCAGACCUUGGAAGAGCUGAUCGAGGCGGCGAAACAGCAGCUCGGCGUCUCAACCGACUCGUGCAUCUUAACAGAAAAUGGUGGCAAAGUAACCGACGUGGACAUGAUCGGCGACGGUCAGAAUCUGUUCCUGGUGAGCAGCGCGCGAUGAGCAGCGGCACCGGAGUGGAUGGCCGGCCAGGGCGUUUUGUGCUGCAGAUGCAGUCGAGGAGCCAACUCACUUGCUCACAAAUGAAACCUCAUGAUUCCUUGUUUUGUCACAGUAUCGAGAACAAGAA